CUCUCUUGAGGAGAGGACCGUUCCUUUGUUCCGUAUUGCGUGCAACACAUUUCGAAGCGUUAGGGCGCUCUCAUUGUUCCGAGGACUACGGCGAAGAUCUGCGCCGGAAGAUCGCGAAUGUGCGCAAAGUAAAAAGGAAGAAGGAAGGACAUCAAAGGAGCUGAACAGACAAAAAAGUGCACGAAAGGAUCUACGAGGUCUGAGGAGUUUUUUUUUUUAAGAGGUUGCUGUUGAUCUGUGACAAAGUUGGGACAAAAGGGACCAAGAUUCCAAACUCCGUAGAAGCGAGAAAAAGAUUCAAAUUACAGGAUUUUUUUCUGCUUUGGUUGGUCCUUAGAUCGAUACCUCGGGGGGUCGUCCAAAGGAAAAGAAAGAAAGUGCCAAAAGAAUUUCAUCAAUUUGAACAAGUUUGGUGAAACGCAAAAACAAAACCGUUCAAGAAGAAACUGCGCGGAUUACGCGGAAUCGUUGUGCAAUACACAAACACACACGUUUGAAGGAGGCGCCAAGUGUAAGAAGCUUAAAGGUGGCGCUAAGUAGUGAUAAAACCUGGCCGAGUUCAAUUGUUUUAGGUCGCUUCAACGCUAAUUGAUGCACUUUGCACAAACGUGGAAUAUUUGCAGUCAGUGAGGAAUUCUACUCUGUUGUGUGACAAAAGCGCCGACGGACGUGCAGCAAAUAGUGCAUGGAAGUGUACAACUAGUGGCACUGUUUGUUGUUUGUGUAUAGUGUUUUGUACUGCUGCCACCGCGUCUGGAUGGAUUCGUAUUGAUGUUAAGGUUGAGCGUUGACCACUGGGACGAGUACAAACCGGCGACCGAAAGAAGAGGGCCAAUCGAGGAAGAGAGUGCAACCAGAAAAGAAGAAGAAGAAGGCAGCACGAAGAAAGCUCCGAUAAGAAGCUCGCGCGCGCGCGUACUUGAAACGUGCCUCUUCGCGAAAAGCUCCUAUCAGACAAAGGGCGUGGAAGUGUGUGACAUUGUUGUGCGUGUGCGUGAUUGUGUGCAAACAACAAAAGUGCAGUGCAGUGUUAUUUAACAAAGGAAAACCAACACCGCCGCCGGGCGUUGAUAACGGAGGGCAUUUCGUGGAAAUUGCACUGAAAAAAAAACGGCACGAAGCUUUAAGCAUUAAUGCUGCGCAAUAAAAAAACUAAUAAUUACAAUUAAUCCGACGGGUAAUUAAUUUCGCACCUCCUGGCUCCGCCCCUUACCGUGGAGUAAUUUUGGCAGCGGCGCCAUCACUGUGUGAGUGUGCGAGUUCGGUAUCACCGUAGUGGUGAAAGGAGACGCACGGUUGAUCGCAGAUGAAACGUGAAAAAAGAGGAAACUAAUUAAAACUGUUGAAAUAAAUUAAAGAGCGUUGAAAUUAAUUCGCUUCAAGUGCGAAAGUGAUACACAAACACACACCUCGUUGGCGGUGUAAAAACGUAUCUGUGAGCGGUGGACAGGAUAUUACCAAUUGUAUACUGAGAAUUUGUGUGCGCAUAAAUAAAUAGCACAAUUAAGCAGCAAUUAACAGUGUCGGUGAAAAGUGCCGUAACCUAUUUUCAUUCGCCGGAAAAGCAAAAUAAAAUAAAAAAAACUCAAACCAGUUGGUCAUCCGAGCUGGACUCGACGCAAAUAAAUGCUGGAAUUAAUAAAAAUGAUUAACACCCGACGGCAGCGUGCAAACGAACGUAAUUAAUUACGAUGUAAAAUGUUUUCGCGAUUAAUAAAUUGACGCACACGCGCUGAACACCAACAACGACAGAUCACAUCAGCGACGGCGAUUGUCAGCGUGACAACCUGAAAGUUCCUCAAACCUAACCUCGAAAACUACCGUCGCGCGCGAGUUGUGAACGUGUGAGAAUUUCACCGUGCGAUCAUAAAUCUUGAAUGAUAUAUCAUCAACCGAAGUUUUUUUUUAUUGCGAAAAUCAAGCGAAAUAAUCGCGACAGAGAGAGUGAGAAAAAAAAGUCGUGAGUAAUUGUUUGUGUUUGACGCGGAAUCGAUUUUGGUGAGGUGAAAGUUUAAACUGCUUGAGGAAGGUAACAAAAAGUCACAGUGACAACGAGAGUGUCAGAACAAGUUUACAACGCUCUUGAUGUGAGAGAAAGCGUAUGAAAUGGUGACAUUAAUGCCUUGCAGUUACAUAUCGGCCCCUCGGAUCUCCAUCAUUGAUAAGAUGAUAGAGAUUGAACCAAAGGGUAAAAGAUCACGCACAGAAGGACCAGAAGCAACAGAUCGAAGUCGCACCUACAACUCCACGUCGAGUCUCAGUUCGGGAUUGUCCACAGUAGCGGACAACAGUUGCCUGACGCCAACCGGGUCAACGCUGCACUAUCCGACAGCCUCGCACUCGUCAUCUUCCUCAACGGGAUCGUACCCCCUGCUUAACAACAACUACCGACCGCUCAGCGGAUCCUCGACCAGUCACAACGGGCUCAGUCUACCACCGUACCACUCCGGCAGCCAAGCAGGCCCGCUUACGUCCGGCGGAUCCGUAGUUUCGCGACUCAACGGUGCAACCUCGACGAUCACCUCCGGCAACAGCACCAGCAGUGGAACCGCUAGCAGCUCGCUGGAUGGCCUAUCCUCGGGCGGCAUCCACGGCCUGAACAGCAACAGCGUCGCAACCGCCACCGAACUGUCGGGAAUGUCGCACUGGCUGCCCGACGGUACAGUCAAGUCUGAAAUUCGUAGCCCCGGGCUAGACGCCACCGCAGCCGCAGCCGCCGCCGCCAUCUCCGCUGCCGCCGGAACCAACCUGCCCGUCGGCGCAACCCACCUCGACAGUUCCCUCUUCUGCGCCAACCCAAACGCCAACCUGGACGCGCUACAGAGCACCGCUAACUCGUACGACAAGUCCGAGUCGUACUAUCCCUACUCGGCGUACAACAUGCAGCAGUACGCACCCUUCACCUACUCCUCGUACGGGUCCCCGUACCAAACCCGACCCUCGUCCAAAAUUCCCUCCCCCAACACAUAUCUUCCGUCCAGCUAUGCGGCGGCCAACAACAACUCCGCACAAAUCUACUCCUCGUACGGGUACAACAACUUUGCCCAGUUCGGCACCAGCCAGCAGGACUACUACAACUACAACGACCCCACGUACUCGCCGUACUACCAAACCGCCGCCUACCCGCCCUACGUCAGCUCGCCCGGUUCCAGUGGCAGCCAAAGCUUCCACGUGGCCGCCGGCCUGUCCGCCGAGUCCCCUCGAGCGCACUCGGCCGCCACCCCCACCAUGCUGGCCCACUCGCACUCGCCCCAAUCCCCCCUCUCGAUCUCCCCCACCAUCCAAGCCGGAUCGGCGGCAGCCGUGGCGGCCGCAGCCAAAACGACCCCCACCACGGGGAAGCCCGGAAGGGCGCGAGGUCGGCGGCAUGCCCAUCCCAGCCCGACGCGGAGUUCCACGUCGGAACCGGGCGUGGGAGGCGCCACCGAGAAGGCCCCCGAGCGCAUCUUCGUGUGGGACCUGGACGAGACGCUCAUCAUCUUCCACUCGCUGCUGACGGGGACGUACGCCGCCAAGUACAAUAAGAGCCGGGACCACCACAUGCAGCUCGGCUACCGGAUGGAGGAGCUCAUCUUCAACAUGGCCGACGCGUACUUUUUCUUCAACGAUUUGGAGGAGUGCGACCAGGUGCACAUCGACGACGUGUCCUCGGACGACAACGGGCAGGAUCUGGCCAAUUACAACUUUGCCGCGGACGGUUUCCACACCGGAACGACCCAAGGAGCUCCACCUAAUAUUUGCCUUCCUAAUGGCGUUCGCGGUGGCGUCGACUGGAUGCGAAAGCUGGCGUUCCGAUAUCGGAAAAUUAAGGACACCUACAACACCUACCGAAACAACGUUGGUGGACUGUUGGGACCGCAGAAGCGCGAACAUUGGCACCAGGUUCGGACGGACGUCGACUUCGAGACGGACAACUGGCACAGUCUAAUGCUCAAGUGUUUGAACAUGAUUUCCCAGCGAGAAAAUUGCGUCAACGUGCUGGUCACGACCACGCAGCUCGUGCCGGCCCUGGCCAAGGUUCUGCUGUACAAUCUGGGCCAGAUCUUCCCGAUCGAGAACAUUUAUAGUGCAAAUAAGAUAGGUAAGGAGUCCUGCUUCGAGCGGAUCGUGACGCGGUUCGGCCGCAAGAGCACGUACGUGGUCGUCGGCGAUGGCCAGGACGAGGAGAGCGCUGCCAAAAAUCUCAACUUCCCCUUCUGGCGGAUAUCCAGCCACAGUGACAUCCGGUCCUUGCACACCGCCCUCGAGAUGGGAUUCUUAUGAAGAUGCUCAGCCCAAGUCGUCAUCGUGGUCGUUGUUUGUUGUUUGUUGUUGGAGCGGCACCGUGCGUCUCCACGUCCCCUUUUCUAGUGAAAUUGAACACUUUUACGAAUACGCUACCAUACCGAAGCACUAUAAAAGACAGGUCAGGCGCAUUCAGUGGUGUUGUACCGUAACGAGUUAAGAGAAAGAUUGUAUAAAGAACUCAUUGCCCUAACCAAAUCUCAAAAAAGCCAGUUGCACCCCCCUUUUGUCGAACCUUGAGCACUUUGAGCUUUGAAUCAACUGCUCAACCUUGAAAUCUCAUUAAAGCACGAGCCGAACUCAGUUCGGUACGCGCGCAAUCCCAGUGCAAAUAUCGUCCUACCCCAGAAAAGCACCUUAACAUUAACACGAGCUAGUUUAAAAUCAAAUAUUGCACGCACGCACUUUGUAGUAGGAAAAUGUACCAUAUUUUAGAUAGCACUUGAACUGUUUUCACCGUAACUAUGUCAGCACCUUCUGCACGAUAUCAUGCCUAGCCCAAAAAAUGGUAUUUUUAAAUUAAAGUUACUAAAGACAGAACGAAUCAACACAAAACAUGAUAUCAACUGUGCGUAAUGUGAAAAUAUAUUGUGAAAUGGCAGAAAAAAAAACCAACAACAACAAAAAUAUCCUUUUUCUAUUGUGUUAUAGCGAAUUAAGUCAUUUGUACAUAGAGUCAUUUAAAAGAAAUCAAAACAAACAUAUUAUUACCAAACUAUGAAAAUGUUUACAAGAAAUUAAAAAAAAUCCAUAACGCAGGAAAUAAAAUAUUUAUAAGCACUCUAUUGAAGAAGUAAUAAAACAAUGGAUCAAAAUGUA